GCUGUACUUCGUUUCUAAUCCGUCUACGAACAUCGACGCCUCCCUUUCCACCGUGAACACCCUCAUUCAAGGCAUCGAGACCAGCUUCCAAAACGCCACGCGUCAGCAAACACCAUGGUCGCUCUCCUACCGUGCAUUUCGCGAUACCAUACCUCCAGGCUACCAGUCGCCUACGGGCGCAGACGGUAAACCCAAGCCAUAUACACAUUCAUACCAGCACCUCCUCCAUCUCUCGAGCCUUUCGCCUAACCGCACAUAUGUCUUCGCGCAACCGCUAGCGCAACAAGAAACGAUCACGUCGAUACCGCUGCGACAACAAGAUGCGCAUGCUUCGAUACUGCGGUACCAAUGCUCCGCUCUGUGGACGCCGAGACAUAUACUCGCUGUGCGCGAAGGGACGUCUUAUAUUGCAGGUUUAUGUACGAUACAGAUUGGGGAACUACGAGCAACACGCGAAGGACCGCAAUCAGGCGCUGUGUCUUCGCCGGGUAUCGUGGUCUGCAUCAGCACACCAACGGGCGCUGAGGAUGCAGACAACAGCAUGAACUCAGGUUACGACACAAUGGGAAACGGUACAGCAAUGGAUGUGGAUGAAGAAGAAGUCGAUAUCGAAUAUGCGCAGACUCUAGUACGUGACUGCUGGAGUACGAUCAAAGAUGGGCGCGAUCUGGGCCGGUCAGAGGUUAGGGAACUCGUGAUGGCUCCAGUUACAACAAACAAUAAGGGUCGGGAGCAGGAGGCAAUAGUGCGCAUUUGGUGUGAAGCUCUACGCAUGCGCGGUUGA